AUGGUUCAAGGGAAACAUUUGGGUUGUUCUUCUCGUCAACCCCCUUUGUCAUCUCUUCGCCAAAUUGCAUUGACUGCUGCAGACAAGAGACUGCGUCUUGGAUCUCUACUACCAUCUGGACCCAAGUGCCUUGGUGGUGAUAGCAAUAUUAUGGUUGCACUUAUUCCAAUACAGGCUGCUGCCAUGGCUACCGAAAGGAGAAUGCAGGAUGAUUUGUGGUGUGGAUCUUCUGAAAUGUUAGGUGAAGAAGAAAGUAACUCCAAUGAAUUACAAAAGGUUGCUUGCUUGGGUCCAUCUGCCAAAAGAUCCGAAAAUUUGAAUUGUUUUGAACCACACGAUUCAGUUGUGGAACCUCAGAAGAAAAGUCGUUUGUCGGAUAAUGAGUCCUAUAUCCAUUCUUCUGAUCUGAGGCCAGAAUUUAGUUCUAUGGAUUUAACUGUGGAAGCCUUAUAA